AUGGCGAAGAUUUCUCAGAGGAAACCAAAUGACUGCACCCACCCACCUGACCCAAAGCCCUCCUUAGGCCUCUCCAUCCCCCUGCGGAUGUCCAGUCACUCCUUUAAGAGGCCAGUCACUAAAAUUACAUCAUAUCCGGAUAAUGAGGUUAGGUUCGACCACUGGGAGGAGAACUUAGAGAAACCCCAACAGGUGUGUUGGCAGAACAGGCUUCAAGGAGUCCAGGCCUACGGCAGUGUGGGUGAUCUUUUAAGUACUUUGGAUCUGGUCAAAGCUCUGCAGAAACACAUCGUAGCAGGCACAGGUGCUUUGCUCGACCAAGCCGGGAUGGCAGGUGCUCACGCUGGUCAGGCCUCAUCGUUGCCCUUUGUGGAGAUGAUUCCGGCCAAAGCGGAGCUGCGUGUGCCACCGUUCCUCUGCAGAGAAUUUCUGGUCACCGAGGAAGAUAUAAAGAUCCAGGAAAGGAAGGUGAAGGCGGCCAGAGAGAGGCUGGCCCUAGCCCUGCUAGUGGAUAGGCUCGCCAGCGAGGCAGAGAUGCAGAAGAGACUGAGAAAGGAAAAAUGA